CAUCAUGGUAGUGGAGCAGUUGUCAUGUCCCCGCAGCGCCGGUAGUGGUGCUGUGAGUCUGCCGAGCACUGAACUCUAAACCCCCGCAGAUCUGUUCAAUGAGAGCAGAAGAUAACAUAAUAUUGAAAGUACAUUAGUCAUCGCUUUAACGGUUCACCACCUCAACAGGGAAUAAUAUUCCGUAGCAUAAGGAAUUCCGAUGACUAUUCGGUGGAGUUGAUGAUCUGUGGCGUUUAUACAGUCUGUCCGGAGUGAGACCCCGUAGAGGCUGAACCCACUGCAGCUGAUGUUCUCAGGGACCAGAGUCACGUGAUGUACGAAGGUAAACACAUCCAUUUCUCAGAGGUGGAUAAUAAGCCGCUGUGCUCCUACAGCCCCAAACUCUGCAAGCAGCGCAGGUUGAAUGGAUACGCCUUCUGCAUUCGUCAUGUUCUGGAGGACAAAACCGCGCCUUUUAAACAGUGCGAAUAUGUGGCCAAGUACAACAGUCAGCGAUGCACCAACCCAAUCCCAAAAGCAGAAGAGCGAAGAUACUGUAACAGCCACCUACAGGUGCUUGGCUUCAUCCCGAAGAAAGAGCGUAAGAAGAAGCAGGAUGCUCUGGAGGAAGUUCGUUCCCGCGCUCAUGUGGAGUCUGUCGCUUUGAACAUCACCGUUCCCUCUCUGGCUCUGAGAGACACUAACGGACUGGACGGCCUCCCUCCGUCUCCACCCUGCUCCCGUCUGACCCCAAUGCCUCUCUCAGACUCCGAUCUCCUCGACCCUUUUGCCUUCUACGAGGACGACACGGACGGAGAGGAAAGCGUGACGCUGAAGACGUCCAGCAAGAGGAAGCCACCCAGCAGGCCAGUGAUUGGCCUGAGGGUGACCGCCCGGGACCCAGAGCACCGUCAGGCGGACAUCAUCGAGCACUUUAGCGCCGUCACUGAACCCUGCACACUUCCAACCUCCCCACACCUACCACAACCACCUCCACCACCGGCUCCACCUCCGCCUCAGCCCUCGGCGAGGCUUGUCCAGCCCCCUCAACAUACAGAUCGGCCCACUUACGCCCAACAUGGGGCAGUGCAGACUCUGCUAUGCAAGCCAACUCCACCUCCGACUGGACCUUCUGUUUUAUCUGGUCUGCUUCCUUCAGCUGGGGUGCAGAACCAGCCUCUUAGCCGGAGACCUGUCCCUGCUGCAUCCCCUCGCCCACCUGCUGCCCAGGACUGCCCACAGCCCCGUGCCGUGGCCAUACGCCCCACUGCCUUUACAGCACCCCCUGUCUGCUUGCUCAGACUACAGCACCUUGUGCAGCUCUAUGCUCAAAGACAGAGAGAACACGGAGACCUGUUCCCACAUCUUGGCUUAGACUGGUCUGAGGACAGUACAGAUGAUGAAGAUACAGAGGAGCUUGUUCCUUUAUUGCCUCAGGCCUGGAGACUUCAGGAAAGAAGCUCCCAUCAAAGCUCCUCCAAUGAAAAGCCGCUUUCCCGGCGGGCACGUCUGGCACAGCUAUGUACAUACCUGCAGGAGAGGUAUAAACACCUGUGCCGACAGGACAGGGCAGCCACCCGUCACAGCAGAUACCGAUACGCCUUCAGGAAAGCUCUGCUCCAUGCUGCAAGCAAAGACCCCGACUGCACUGCACAGCUCAUUCAGAAACUCAGCAAGAGCUCACAGACUUCAAACUGUUCAAGGUCUGCAGUACCACACAAGUAUGAAAGGACAACGUGCACAGGAACCACGAAAGGUCAAAGCUGCAGCAACGUAGCUUUACCAUUUUCACGCCACUGUUUUCAACAUAUCCUGUUGAAUCGCUCUCAGCAGCUGUUCUCCAGUUGCACGGCACGGUUCGCUGAUGGACAACAGUGCUCCGUUCCUGUUUUUGACAUCACUCACCAGACACCUCUUUGUGACGAACAUGCCAAGAAAAUGGAUAAUUUCCUGCGAGGUGAUGGCAACAGACGCAGUCAGCAGCAGCAGCAACAGCAGCGACGUCCACGUAAGAAAACCAAGCCGCCUGCGCUGACGAAGAAACACAAAAAGAAGAGAAGACGAGGUCCACGGAGACCGCAGAAGCCCAUUCCUCCUGCUGUGCCACAGGGCAAUUUGCUAAUGCCCUCCCUCUCACUGCCCACUCACCACCAUGUCAGCAGGAGUCCGUCGACCCCUGAACUCAGCGCAGAUGAGCUUCCUGACGACAUCACAAAUGAAAUGCCUGACAUUCCCAAUGAUCUUGAGCUGAAUCAGGAAGAUUUCUCGGACGUGCUGCCCAGACUUCCCGAUGAUCUUCAGGAUUUCGACCUUUUUGAGGGCAAGAAUGGAGAGUUGUUGCCCACCACAGAGGAGGCAGAAGAGCUGGUCAGAGCAUUGCAGGCCAUGGGGUCGUAUCCUGACUCUCUGGUGUGUUUGUCCUCAAUGGGUGAACUGGCUCCAGCAGACGGGGUAGACCACCGAACCAUGGCCGUGUUCUCGGGAUCAGGGGUCACAGCGACUGGCAUCGGAGACCUUCUGAAUGGCCGGAUGACUUCGGAGACUUUUCCCAAUCUGGAACUGGAGGGAAACCUCCUCCAUGCCCCAACAGGCCAUCAUUUCUCAACAUCCCCUUCUCCCCAGCCAACCCAGAGCAGCACCACUGUACCCUCUACAAGUCCCAGUGGUGGGUUAACAGAACGAACGUUUUCCAGAGCUCCCAAACCGGACUCGUCCCCACCAGGUAGUCAUUACAGCAGCGAGCAUGUGCCAUCGCCCUACAGGGAUCACAUCUCACCCCCACAUGGUGCCUCUUAUCAAACCGACCCGCCUCUCUUGCUGGAGGUGCCUUUGAGUGGAGCGCCAGGGCCUCCGCGCACCUCCUGGAAUAACCUUCCUCUCUCGCUCACAGACCCGGCACAGUUCGGUAACCUCCUCACUGCUGAAACUCACCUGCUCUCAACCGCUCUGUCCACCCCGCCCUCCACGUCCCACUCCACUAUCCUGCAGCCCACCGCUGCUCUGUCAGCUCUACCCCAACCGCGCCUGACCGGCCUCACCUCACCUUCAUCCUCGCCCUCUUCACGGGACCUUCUCACCCCCACCCAACCUAAACUACAGCUCCCACAGUUUAGUGCAGCCUUCGGCCACCAACUGGCUUCCCACAGUGGGAUCCCCAAAGACCUGCAGCCCAGCCAUAGCUCGACAGCGCCACCUACAAGCUUGACCAUCACUAGUGCCACUGCUGCCACUCCCCCGUUCCCUCAGAGCAACUGAGUCUGGUUAGAGAGACCACCACAUCUCACAAUUUAAAGGGAUAGUUCACACAAAAAUGGAAACUGUCAUCAUUUACUCACGUUAGUGACUUUGUAGAACUAGAAAGGAGAAGUUUUGAACUAUGUUCACUUUCUGCUCUUUAUGAUGUGAUGACCAGGAUGGUUUGGCAAUGUCUUUUGACAUCUGCAAGAUUUUAAGUGAGUAAAGGCCUGUUUACACUGGGAUUGAGUGUAUAGUAAACAUUUUAAUUUGAACGAAUGGCUGUUAAUGCAUCUAUUCAGACAGAAACAAACAUCUGCACACUGUCAGUGCUAAUUUGGUGCACUUUUGCACAUUUGAUCACAAAAGCCAUUGCUGUUGCAUAAAGGUAUGAAAAGUAUAAGUAUUUUGAUAAGUGACAGUGAAUAGCAGAGGAAGAAUCCAGAACUGGCUCUCUAUGAAAAUACUGUUUGACUUUCUUUCUUCUCUUUGACAUGGGUGUCAGAAACACAAAGUUGCACAGUGCUGCCCUUGUUUCUGUUUUUCACUAAGCGCCACCUACUGUCAUAGAGUGAAUUUGCAUUUUCAUUCAGCCCAUCUGCUUUUCUCCCCCCAUUGAUCUUAACAGAAAAUCUGUGUAAACAGGCCUUUAAUGACUUUUCAGUCUGUUCCUAAUACAAAGCUGUCGUUUGUCUUCUUAUGACUUGGAAUAUAGUGCGCAAAUCAUACAGACCUCUUUUAUGGUGCUUUCAGUCUUCAUUCACUUUAAAUGCAUAGAGAAGAGCAGUGUGAACAUUCUUGAAAACAUCUUCUUUUAUGUUUCUCUGAAGAAGGUUUCUCUUUUGAAUGAACUAACUUUUUAAGCUCUAUCGCCUGCAGCCCUGUGUCUGGCACCAUAGAUUAGCAGCAGAUUUGAGUCUUUCUGUACACGUAUCUCUGCUUGGUCUGACAACAUUGUUCACAAUUUAUGUUUGUUGUUGUAGUGAUCCAAGAGAUAUGUUCUGCCUGCAUUUACCCCUUUUCCACUAAAUGGUGCUAGUGCAGAAGCCGGUGCUCAGUUGGGUGAUCUGUAGAGCUGUCUCAGAGCAAACACAUUUUUUUUGUCUAACUGACAAUAUUACUACAUAACCUGCUCAUGUGAAUUACAGUCUUAGUUUAUUCAGAUUUUUGAGAACUUAUUUUCAUUUAUUCAUCAUAAGAACAAUCAUGAUUCACACAUGUGAUAUUUGUAAAUAAAUCACUUUUUCAGAUGGACACGGACAAUAAUGUUGUUGGAGAAGCUGUGCAGCAAAUAUAUUUUUAUUACAUUAUGAUCAAGUCUUUAAACAUCAAGUUGCUUUAUUGUUACUAGUUCUUCAAGACCCGUGGGUUUAGGAGCUAAGGCUUAAAAUCACCUUUUUUAAAAGUGGACACGUUCAAAAUGGUGCCAGGCACCAGCACCGUGUAAGUGGAAAAGGGGUGAUCGUCUGUUGUACUAAGGCUAGUGAAUCAUAUUCUGUCAUAUUACUUAUUACAUUAGUAUAAGUGUUCUUCAAAUGAGGGUAGCAGGUUGUUGGUCGGCUUGUGUCCUGUAGAGUCCUUGUGAUAGGAACAUGCUAGUGUGUGUUGGCGGGAGAAAGAGCAGGGCAAUACUCUAGUUUAUACUUGGUGUUAGCAUCAGUCUUGGGUAAUCUGAUCACAAGUGGUCAGUUGAGAAAUUAUCAUUUACACAUAGUGUUGACAGGCAUUUCCUGUGACCAGUUUUUUUUUUUUUUUCCCUGAGUGGAGGUAAUGUGAUUUCAGUACUGUGUCAACAGUGUGUCACUGCAUGUUGAUGUCCUUAAAUCUAAACUUGAAUGCUGAUACAACAUAUAACAAAAUUUAUGUAAGGUUGUGCUUUAUUUUUUGAGCAACCUGUCACUCUGCCUGCAAUUGCAUCCACAACAAUCCAGUCACUACUUGACUGAUAAAAUUAAGUUCUGCCCUACAUUAUUUCUCAAUCGUAACGCUGUCACUCUGAUAUACAUUAUCAGUCAAAAGUUUUUUGAGCAUUAAAAGAUUUUUAAUGUUUUUUUUUAAGUCUCUUCUGCUCACCAAGCCUGCAUUUAUUUGAUCCAAAGUAGAGCAAAUAGAGUACAAUUUUGAAAUAUUUUUACUAUUUAAAAUAAUUGUUUUCUAUUUGAAUAUAUUUUAAAAUGUAAUUCAUUCCUGUGAUCAAAUCUAAAGUUUCAGCAUCAUUACUCCAGCCUUCAGUGUCGUAUGAACUUUCAGAAAUCACUCUGAUUUGCUGUUCAGAAAACUAUUAUUAUUAUUAUUGUUAUUAUUAUUACUUAAUGGUAAUAAUUAAAUAAUAUUAUAAAUUUUAAUAAUAAUAUUAAAUUUAACAAAAUGUAAAAUGUAAAAAUAAUAUAACAUAGUAAGAAUUAAAUAUUUAAAUCAGAGGACAUUUUCUUCAGGAUUCUUUGAGAAGUAGAAAGAUCCAAAGAUCAGCAAUUACCUGAAAUAAAAAGCUUUUGUAACACUAUACCCUUUACCAUUCAAAAGAUUGAAUGAGUCAGUAUUAUUAUUAUUAUUAUUAUUAUUAUUAUUAUUAUUAUUUUGAAAGAAAUUAGAAAAAUUAAUACUGUAAUUUAGCAAGGAUGCUUUAAAUUGAUCAAAAGUGAUGAUAAAGACAUUUCUAAUGUUACAAAAGGUUUCUAUUUCAGAUAAAUGCUGUUAUUCUGAACUUUCUAUUCAUCAAAUAAACCUAAAAAACCCUACUCAGCUGUUUUCAAUAUAAUAAUAAUAAUAAAUAAAUGUUUUUUGAGCAGCAAAUCAGAAUAUUAGAAUGAUUUCUGAAGGAUCAUGUGAUUAUAGUAAUGAUGCUAAAAAUUCAGCUUAGAAAUCACAGGAAUGAAUUACAUUUUAAAAUAUAUUCAAAUAGAAAACUAUUAAAAAUAUUUGAAAAUUGUAUUGUUUUUGCUGUACUUUGGAUCAAAUAAAUGCAGGUUUGGUGAACAGAAGAGACUUCUUUAAAACACAUUAAAAAUUUUACAGUUCAAAAACUUUUGACUGGUAGUGUAUGUCACAAUAGAGGAGAAAAUUUUGGUGCAAUUUCUCUUUAAGGUCAAUUUUAUAGUUCAUUUCAUUGAUUAAGCAUUACUUUAGAAGGUGGUGCAGAAUCUUUGAAAGUGUAAUCAGAUCUCCCAAGAUGCAUACCAAGUCUUAAAACAAACCAUAAACGAGCACACUAACACUGUCACAGUGGCAACUUUCAGCCUGAUGUCAGUAGCCCGGAAUGAACUCCAGCACAGCCAACAACACUCCUGUCGUUUAGCAGUCUGUCUCUAUAUAACCGGACCGGUCUAAGCUUGAUGUGAUUUUGAGAGAGUCCACCAUACGACUUGUAAUCAGGACACAAAUCUGUAUGACCGAACAGUAUGCUUCAUUCAUGGGUUUUUGCACACGCUCAAUGGACCAGGCCUGGACUGCUCACAUCACAAGGUUAAUAAAAGCAAUAAUCUCUUCAGCAGAGUCUCUCAUGCCAAUCUUCAGGUGUGGCUCACUCCCAGCAGCCUCUGGAUCUCAUUCUCCAUAAACGGUUUCAUUUAUGGCUUAACUGUUUGAUUAGCGGCAAAGAUCUCAACUUAGACUUUGCUGAUCUUGUAGAAACACUGACAUGGAACUCGUUCAGCAAAGAGUAAACGGAACAAUGACACUUUGAGGUUAUUUUUUGCCAAAUAUAUGGGUUUGUUCUUCUUCAUGGUGCUUAAUCAGUUUAGGACCUCGUGUGGUCUUUCUAAUACAAGAGCCCUUGGUGGCAAGGUUUCAGAGUACAGCUGGCAGAUGGAGGGAAUGGGUGGCGGGAGAGUUGACGUCAACCGGAAUGACCCUGCGUUUGUUUUGUGGACAUUUGGUGCAAUUUCUAUGGAGAAUGGUUUGUCCAACCUGAUGGUUCUUCUCCAGACUUCCACAGAAGUGUCAGGUUCAAACUCAGCCAUUUUUAGCCACCGUCAGUAAGCCUUACGCCACGUGGGACCAAUGUUCCCUUGCAGAUUUCAUUCUCCUUUUAAGGUUAUGACAGUAAAACCAAGGUUCUUGGUAGAUUUUAGACACUGAACGAUUAUCUUAUAUAUUAAGUAUUAAAUAUAUUUAUAGAAUAGAAACCUCUAGAUUGGGUUUUAUCGGUUGAGUUGAGUGGCGAAAGAUAAAUAUGAAAUUUUAAAGAAAGCUAGUCAUUUGCAAUUUACUUGGUGGAACUGAUGCAUUUAGUGGCAUAAUGUUUGGUAGUUUUAAUGGCUAUCAAAAUCCUCGUGAUUUAUCAUUUUUAUCGAUCGGUGUUGUGUAUCUGUGUCAUUUAUUUGGACGAAGAGACUGUGAUCAUGUGCAACAGUAUUUUUGAUAGCUAUUAAAAAAAACAGUCAGUGGUCGCUAAAAGACGUAAAACCAUACCUGUGGCCCUUAUGCACACUUACUCUAAUAGUCGGAAAAGAAAAAAAAAGGUCUCAUUUGUGCAAAACCAGGAGAAUGAAACUGUAAAUCAGUUGAGAAAUCAUUCUUACGUAAUUGCAUUUAAUAAUUUCUAAAAACCAGUGACGGUUUACGCAAAAAUGGUUUUAGAAAAGAUUGUCUAUUCUUGCACAAACUGUCCCAUUGAAUAGAACAGUUCAUAAAACAGCUGUUACAUAAUUUUCACACUGAAUGGAAUGGUUUGUAAAACCGUUCUAAAUUGUUGCAUUGAAUUGGUUUAAAACCACUCACAUUGUUGAGUUGAAUCAUUUGUGUACAUUUGUGACAUUGUAUUAGAUGCAGCAGUUUACGUAAUAAUGGUUUUAUGAUGAUAUACACACAUUCGUUUUGCUGUGUUUCAUGAAAGAGGUCUUUUGUGUGCCAGAAUGAUCACAGGCAUACUGGAGCCAUUUGACCAUUACUUCAUUCUGAGGCAUCCUUGAGUAAGUGAGUCUCAAGAUUUGUUUGUAGUGACAAAACAUUGUUCAU